CUUCACAGGUAGUUACACCUGUACCUCUGUAACAUACCAGCCUUACCUCUCUUCACGAUCCUAGCGCUUCUACUGGCCUCGACUCUGGUCAAUGUCACUCGGGAUGUCAAUCUUCUGAGACAAUAUUCAUCUCCGCAAUACGAGCUGGGGUCUGCCCUGAGUACGACUUUGAAGAGAGUGGAAUAAACACAUGCGAAGUACACAGCUUGCAGCUCAUUCAGCAGGUUGAAAUGCCUCUCCCACAAGAUGGGCAACAGCCAACACCAACAAAACCGCCGCAUCAACGACACCGGGCGCCGACGAUUAGUAUCGACGACUCCGCCGUUAACAAGCCCACCGAAGAGCCUCCGAGCGCAUCUUCUGAUAGACCAGGGCCCUUGCCCCGAAUACAGACCAAAAAUCUUGACCAUGGACCGUCGCUAGCAUCCCCUCCCUCUCUGUCGCCAACCGAUAUUCGCGCUUCGACGGACACUCGAGAAUCUCGACCUACAUCUCCUCACAAUGUCUCCUCCCCACGAACGCAGUUUCUGGAAGGAGCACCGACUCAGAACUUUCUUUCAGUACCCAGCUAUCGGCCGAGGACACAAUCGUUAGAGUCUGACGCAUCUCCAACGUCGGAAUUUGGAGGGGAUACGCAAGUAGGAACAAGUUCCUCCGGCCAAGAUGACUUUAGAAAAAACUCCUUCAGCAACAACGAUGAUGUGAUGAAGGAUCAAGACGCGCUCACGCCUGAUCCAGGGACGGAAGAGGAUUUCAAGGUCGAGGACAACAAGUUCGCAUACACACCGGGCCAGCUGAACAAAAUGAUCAAUCCAAAGAGCCUAGCAGCCUUUCAUGCCCUAGGUGGCCUUGCGGGUUUAGAAAAGGGACUGCGGACAGACCGACAUAGUGGACUAAGUGUCGACGAAGUCGGUUUGGAAGGGGUGUUUAGUUUUGAAGAUGCUGUAAAAGCAGGAGCUGAAGCCGAACAAAACUACGGCACAGUUAAGAGGUCCACCACUAACCAUUCUCUGGGGUCUCCAACGAAAUCUUCCGAACAAUCAUUUGGCGACCGUAAGCGCAUUUUCAAGGACAACCGACUGCCAGAGAAGAAAGCAAAGACUUUCUGGCAACUCGCGUGGAUCGCUUACAAUGACAAAGUAUUGAUACUGCUGUCCGUGGCGGCAGUCAUCUCUUUGGCAUUAGGUAUCUACCAGACGAUCAAACCUGCACCAUCUGAGGAACAUGAAGCUCGAGUUGAGUGGGUCGAGGGUGUGGCUAUUAUUGUCGCCAUUCUCGUCGUCACAUUCGUCGGAGCGCUGAAUGACUAUCAGAAAGAGCGUCAGUUUGUCAAAUUGAACAAGAAAAAGGAGGAGAGAAUGGUCAACGUUGUCCGAUCUGGUCGGACCCAGGAGCUUUCCGUGUACGACGUUCUUGUUGGAGACGUCAUGCAUCUCGAACCAGGUGAUCUGAUUCCUGUGGAUGGCAUCUUUAUUGAUGGCCACAAUGUGAGAUGUGACGAAUCUUCUGCGACUGGCGAGUCGGAUAUCAUCCGCAAGACAGCCGCCGACGAAGUAUAUCAUGCCAUUGAGAACCACCAGCCCUUGAAAAAAUUGGACCCCUUCAUUUUGUCUGGAGGCAAGGUGUCUGAGGGCGUCGGCACAUUUCUCGUCACCUCUGUGGGUGUCAAUUCUAGCUAUGGCAAGACGCUGAUGUCUUUACAAGACGAGGGUCAGACUACACCUUUGCAGUCGAAGCUGAACGUCCUAGCAGAGUAUAUUGCAAAGCUAGGCUUAGCUGCUGGCUUGUUGCUUUUUAUUGUGCUCUUCAUCAAGUUCUUGGUGCAACUCAAGGACAUUGACGGUGGCGCGCAAGCAAAAGGGCAACGUUUUCUUCAGAUCUUCAUUGUGGCUGUCACCAUCGUUGUCGUUGCUGUGCCAGAAGGACUGCCAUUGGCUGUGACCUUGGCUCUCGCGUUCGCGACCACUCGCAUGCUGAAAGACAACAACUUGGUGCGACUUCUCCGAGCUUGCGAAACCAUGGGAAAUGCGACCACUAUCUGUUCCGACAAGACUGGGACUUUGACACAGAACAAGAUGAGUGUCGUGGCAGGCACACUUUCAACCGCCUCCAGGUUUGGCGACAAGCCACAGACACCAAAUUCGAGCUCACUGGGGGACGGCAAACAAGCAGCACCUGAAAGUAAUUCCAAUGACGUUUCUGCUCAUGAAUUCGUGGCAACUCUCGGAGCGGAGACGAAAUCUCUCCUCAAAGACUCGGUCGUUCUCAAUUCUACUGCAUUCGAAGGAGAGGAAGAGGGUAAGAAGGUAUACAUCGGAUCAAAGACAGAGACGGCUCUUCUUUCCUUUGUGGCAGAUCAUCUUGGAAUCGAAUCAAUCAACGAAGAGCGUGCUAAUGCCGAUGUUGCCCAAAUGGUACCUUUCGACUCAGGUCGUAAAUGUAUGGCUGUUACCAUCAAAAUGGCCAAUGGCAAAUAUCGCAUGAUGGUCAAAGGAGCGUCCGAGAUUUUGAUCGCAAAAUGUUCGAAGAUCAUCAGUGAUCCGAUCAAAGGCAUCGACGACUCACCCUUGACCGCCGACCAAACUGAGACACUUAAUGGCAUUGUCAGCAACUAUGCGUCUCGGUCAUUGCGAACGAUAGCGCUUCUAUAUCGGGAUUUUAACGAAUGGCCGCCACGAGGGGCCAUCUCCCCUGAUGACAAGAAACAAGCGGACUUCGACAAGGUCUUUAAGGAUAUGGUCUUCUUCGGAGUUGUGGGCAUUCAAGAUCCACUGCGACCGGGUGUAACCAAAGCAGUACAUGACUGCCAAGUCGCUGGCGUUUUUGUUCGCAUGGUCACUGGUGACAACUUGCUGACGGCUAAGGCUAUUGCGACAGAGUGUGGUAUUUUUACCUCUGGCGGCAUUGCAAUGGAAGGGCCUGUUUUCCGAAAACUCAACAACAAACAACUUACUCAGGUCAUCCCUCGUCUACAAGUACUUGCGCGGUCAAGUCCAGAUGACAAAAAGCGUCUUGUGGAGCAUUUGAAGAAACUUGGUGAGACCGUGGCGGUCACCGGCGACGGAACCAACGAUGCUCCUGCACUUAAAACCGCUGAUGUCGGCUUUUCCAUGGGGAUCGCGGGCACCGAAGUUGCAAAAGAGGCAUCAGCUAUCAUUCUCAUGGACGAUAAUUUUGCUUCAAUCGUCAAAGCCAUCUCCUGGGGCCGGACAGUCAACGACGCGGUCAAGAAAUUCCUCCAGUUUCAAGUGACAGUCAACAUCACCGCAGUCAUCUUGACCUUUAUUUCUGCCGUGGCUAAAGACGAUGAAACGUCUGUCUUGACCGCCGUACAGUUACUUUGGGUUAAUCUGAUUAUGGACACAUUCGCGGCUCUUGCAUUGGCCACUGAUCCUCCCGCAGAAUCGGUCUUACGCCGACGGCCGGAACCCAAGUCAGCGCCAUUGAUCACCAUCACAAUGUGGAAAAUGAUCAUAGGGCAGUCGAUUUACCAGCUUGUGGUCACUCUGGUCUUGUACUUCGGAGGGGCGAGCAUAUUGUCUUAUCAAACCGAGGGCGAAAAGGACCGACUACAAAGUACCAUCUUCAACACUUUUGUGUGGAUGCAGAUCUUCAAUCAGUACAAUUCACGCCGGCUCGACAACCACUUCAACAUAUUCGAAGGGAUGUUCAAAAAUUACUGGUUUCUUGGAAUUCAGCUCAUCAUUAUUGGAGGUCAGUGUCUCAUCAUGUUUGUUGGAGGCCAAGCAUUCUCCAUCAAUAGAAUCAAUGGGGCGCAAUGGGGUUACUCCCUUGUCUUGGGCGCUCUCUCCAUUCCUGUGGCGGUCAUAAUAAGGUUGCUGCCGGACGAGAUGUUUGCGAGGAUGAUACCCAGUCUACCUCGACGGAGGAAGGCUGCACCUGAAUUCACCCUCGAAGAUGAUGAGCAGCGCAUACGACACUGGAAUCCGGCACUGGAAGAGAUCCGAGAAGAAUUGACCUUCCUCAAGAGGAUUCGAGGCGGUCGUAUGUCGGAAUUGGCGUAUAAGUUGCAACAUCCUCGGGAUACGUUCUUACCGCGAUCACGCAGUCCUUCUCGGUCUCGCUCAAACAGUGACCUGCCUCAGACCCCUGAUGGCGAUCAACUCACGCCAGAUGGGGCAUCAGCAUCUCCAUCAACGCCAGAGAGGCGUAGACAACGGGCCAGAUCGACAUCCAAUUCUGUGUUCGGCCCGGCAGCUGCAAUGGCGGGAAUUAUCGCUGGCAGUGUCGCCGGUGGCUGGUCUCCCAUCGAGCGGCGAUCUGAAGAGCCAGAGACUGUGCGAUUCACUCGAGCCCGAUCUCAUUCAGGCGUGGAGGGAACUGGUGGCAUGGAGAUUCACCCUGCCACUCCUGCCGAUGAUCCUGUUUUUGCAAACGAGCUUCCCAAAACAGGCGUGCCUCCGAGUCAAGACCCGGAUCUGGCGCCGCAUUUUGAACAUGCACCACCAUCUAGCCCGAGCAUUGGUCGCUCGAAAAGCGCACACUCGAGGUCUCCUUCGUCGAUUGUAUGAUACAACUUGAUAUAUAAUGUUAUCGUUAGCCACCAAAAAUGUCAUUGCUAACGGGGUUAUGGCCUGAUCAGCAAACCUGGCACAUCGUCGAGCGCAUCAAUGUCGCCGCUUUCUGUGCCUCUCUCGUUGACGC